CGUAACGUACCCAGCCGGCGGGUCAGUGUGGUGUACCGCGCACACUACCCCAAGCUAAGCUAGUCCCCGCCCCAUCCCGCGCGCCGCUGCUAUAUUAUAGGGCGCCGCGCCCCGCUGUGCGCGGCCUAGCUAGCCAGCACAACGAGAUCGCUCGGCGCGAGUGACCCGCCGCCGCGCACGGACCAACUCCCUUGGACGCACGCGAGCGCGCUUGGCUAGCUGCAGGUAGUGUGAGCACUGAGUGGGCAGCGCGUGCGCCGGCUCGAGCCACGCGCGGUGUUGUUAGCAGUGGGAAACGGGGGCUGGGAGCUAGACACCGGCCGGCCGGCGAGAACGAGAGCGAGACCGAUUGACCGCGCGAUGGGGAGGGCGCCGUGCUGCGAGAAGGUGGGGCUGAAGCGGGGGAGGUGGACUGCGGAGGAGGACGAGAUACUCGCCAAGUACAUUGCCGAGCACGGCGAGGGGUCCUGGAAGUCGCUGCCCAAGAAUGCAGGGCUUCUGAGGUGCGGCAAGAGCUGCAGGCUCCGGUGGAUCAACUACCUCAGGGCCGACGUGAAGAGGGGCAACAUCUCCAAGGAGGAAGAGAACAUCAUCAUCAAGCUCCAUGCCACCCUUGGGAACAGGUGGUCCCUGAUCGCCAGCCACCUCACCGGUCGAACAGACAAUGAGAUCAAGAACUACUGGAACUCGCACCUCAGCCGGCAAAUCCACACGUACCGGCGGACCUACACCGCCGGCAACGACACCACCAUCACCAUCGACAUCAGCAAGCUGCAGAGCGCCGAGAAGCGCCGCGGUGGCCGGACCCCCGGCCGGUCGCCCAAGAGAACCAGCAGAAGCGACGACAAGAAGACCAACAAGCAACCGGACCCUGAACCAGAACCUGCCAGGGCAAAGGACGCUUCCAGCCCGGCCGCCGCGACGUCGGCAGCUUCGAGCCCGCCGCACAGCGACGGGGCGCGGAGCGGCGUGGUCGACCCGGACCAGAACCAGCCCAACAGUAGCAGCGGUGGCGGCGGCAACACCCCAGACGGGCCCUGCAGCGAGGACGCAACCGGGCCGGUGGUGCUGGACCAGAUAGAACUUGGGCGCUGGGAGGCCGAGAGCGAGAUGGAGGCCCUUCUGUCAGGUGGCCUCGGCGGCGGCGACAUUGUCGUUGACAGUAUGCUCACGGGGCUGGACGCCGCGGGCCAGGCCCAUGUGGAUGAUUUCUUCGACAUGGAUUGGGACGGCUUUGCGGCCCAUCUCUGGGGCUAUCCAGCCCAGAACGACCAAAGCGGUGGGCUGAUCACGGCCGGUGAGUCGCAGGCUGCUGCGGGCUGCAACCCGGACGAACUCGAGUCGUUCGCGACCUGGCUACUGUCAGAUUCGUUCUGACUCGUGAAAGAUGGAUCGAGCUGAUCAGGUCAACCAACUAAGGUGUUCAUGUGAUCAAGGCAGCUAGGUGUUCGUUUGUGCACAAUUUUGUAGAGGGUUCGCCUGUAAGUAGGUGCUGUUUCGUGCAUGGAAUGGACUAGUUUCACUUCACAUAUAGAGUAGAGUUGCAUGGCCCUAGUGAAGACCGCUAAGCCCGGCAGUUGUUGCCUUGUUGGUAAGCUGUAGGACCUUGGCUUGUGUUCUGGCUCUGUGAACCGGGAGAAAAAAAUGUUCGUUCUGGUA